AUGAGGUUUGAUACUCAAGCACCAGGAACCGGUGCAGCAGAGGAAGGCGUCAGCGGCAGCUAUGAAGACGAAGCAUCUGGCGGUGCCGCUGCAGCAGCUCCGGGAGCAGCAGCAGAUGACAAGGAUGACGACUGCGACAGCAAAUUCGGCCAUCGAGCUGCUGGAAAAGAAUUACGACAAGAGCUACUGAAGCUUGAGGAAUCCAUGGGUAACCUCUGCUCUCCACAUAGCGAACCAUUUCGAG